GGGAUAAGUCAGUAGAAUCAGUGGAAGCAUCAGAAUAACCGGGAGCUCACAGAGACUUCAGCAGCUGAGCUUCUGUCAGAGCAAAAAGACGAGAAAAGGGGAUAAAUAAUCAGACGCAAGGACUUUUUAUCCUCAUAUAUCACUUUUUUAUUAUCCAGGGGGGAUUUUCAUUUUAUAGGGCUCACUUGAGAUUUGGAGAUAAUGCUGUGCGGCAUCUUUUUGCUAUUGAUGCUUUGGAGUUGUGAGGGCGCACGGUUGGCAGAGAGCAGAGAUGAUAACAGUGUGUAUGACUUGUUCGAUCUGGCCCGGGUAAACAAGAGGCACAACGGAGUGAGUUUGGUCAAAGGCGCAGAUCCCAAUAGCCCCGCGUACAAGGUCCUGAACGCAGACCUGAUCCCCCACGUCCCCGACAGCUCCUUCAGGGACCUGCUCGACUCCAUCCAGGCCGAACGGGGCUUCCUCCUCCUGGUGAACCUGAAGCAGUUCAAGAAGAACAGGGGCAGCCUGUUGACCAUCGAGAAGGAUGACGGAUCCGGACCCGUUUUCGAGGUCAUUUCCAACGGUAAGGCGAACACCCUGGAUGUGGUGUACUCCACCGAGAGCCAGCAGCAGGUCGUGUCCAUCGAGGAUGCAAAUUUGGCAACUGGACACUGGAAGAACAUCACGCUGUUCGUUCAGGAUGACCGUGCGCAACUUUUCGUGGGCUGCGAGGAGAUCAACGUGUCAGAGAUGGAAGUGCCCAUCCAAACCGUGCUGGCCAGGGAGGUGGCAGACAUUGCCAAGCUCAGGAUUGGAAAGGGAGCUGUGAAGGACAAAUUUAUGGGAGUGCUUCAGAAUGUGCGCUUUGUCUUUGGUACCACUCUGGAUGCCAUACUGAGAAAUAAGGGAUGCCACAGUGGAGCUGCCUUAACAGAUGUCAUGACCCUGGACAACCCGGUCAAUGGCUCCAGCCCUGCCAUUAGAACUGAUUACACGGGCCACAAAUCCAAAGAUCUGCAGUCUGUCUGCGGCUUCUCCUGUGAGGACAUAGCCAGCAUGUUCAAGGAGCUCAAAGGACUCAAUGUGGUGGUUAAGCAGCUGUCAAACGAGCUCCAGAAAGUGUCUGAGGACAGUAGAUCCCUGAAAAAUCGCAUGAUUAUCCAAAAUGGAGUUUGCAUCCACAACGGCAUCAUGUACAAAGACAAAGAAGAAUGGACUGUGGACGGCUGCACUGAGUGCACCUGCCAGUACUCCGCUACUGUGUGUCGCAAAAUCUCCUGCCCUGUGGUUUCAUGCGCUAACGCCACUGUGCCCGAUGGAGAGUGCUGCCCUCGCUGUGGAAACCAACGUGAUCCAGAAGAGGACGCUUGGUCCGCGUGGUCUGAAUGGACCCAGUGUUCAGUGACUUGUGGCCGCGGCGUCCAGCAGCGUGGACGCUCCUGCGACCGCAUCAACAGCAAGUGUGAGGGCACUUCUGUCCAGACCCGUGAUUGCUACCCACAGGAAUGUGACAAGCGCUUCAAACAGGAUGGAGGCUGGAGCCACUGGUCACCCUGGUCUUCAUGCUCUGUGACCUGUGGUGAGGGGGUCAUCACCCAAAUCCGCCUCUGCAACUCCCCCACACCCCAGAUGGGUGGCAGAGACUGCCAGGGAGAGGGACGUCAAACUAAAGUCUGCCGGAAAUCGCCCUGUCCUAUCAAUGGAGGUUGGGGACCUUGGUCACCAUGGGACACCUGCAGUGCUACCUGCAAUGGAGGAAUCCAGAACCGUAAACGUCUCUGCUCUGACCCUGCCCCUAAAUAUGGCGGAAAAGACUGUGUUGGUGAUGCUACUAUGUCUCAAAUUUGCAACAAACAAGAGUGCCCUAUUGAUGGCUGUCUUUCCAACCCAUGUUUCUCUGGAACAAAGUGCACCAGCUUCCCCGAUGGCUCUUACAAGUGUGGCAGAUGUCCACUUGGCUACACUGGAAAUGGCAUCACCUGCAAAGACAUCGAUGAAUGUAAAGAGGUCCCUGAUGCUUGCCAUACUCACAACGGAGUCCAUCGCUGUGAGAACACUGAGCCAGGUUACAAUUGCCUGCCCUGCCCUGCACGUUUCUCUGGUCCUCAGCCCUUUGGAAGAGGAUUGGAAGAGGCGACUGCUAAAAAACAGGUUUGCGUUCCCCGUAAUCCUUGCCAAGACGGUAGCCACGACUGUCAUAAAAAUGCAAACUGCAUCUACUUGGGCGUCUUCUCCGAGUCCAUGUUCCGGUGCGAGUGCAAGCCAGGGUAUGCCGGGAAUGGCCGUAUUUGCGGAGAGGACAGUGACUUGGAUGGAUGGCCCAACACUGACUUGCUGUGUGUGGAGAACGCCACCUAUCACUGCAAGAAGGAUAACUGCCCCAACCUUCCCAACUCUGGCCAGGAAGAUCAUGACAAAGAUGGUCUGGGUGAUGAAUGUGACCAUGAUGAUGACAAUGAUGGGAUCCCCGAUGACAGGGACAACUGCCCAAGAGUGUACAACCCUGCCCAGUAUGACGCAGACAGGGAUGAUGUUGGGGAUAGUUGUGACAACUGCAUAUUUGAAGCCAACACUGAUCAAACCGACACUGACAACAAUGGAGAGGGUGAUGCCUGUGCUGUUGACAUUGAUGGGGACGGCAUUCUGAAUGAGAACGACAACUGCCCCUAUGUUUACAACGUGGACCAGAGAGACACUGACAGGGAUGGGGUGGGAGAUCAUUGCGAUAACUGCCCUCUGGAGCACAAUCCUGAUCAGAUCGACUCUGACUCAGAUCGCAUUGGAGACAAGUGCGACAACAACCAGGACAUUGACGAGGAUGGUCACCAGAACAACUUGGACAACUGCCCCUACAUCCCCAACGCCAACCAGGCUGAUCAUGACAAGGACGGCAAGGGUGACGCCUGUGACCACGAUGACGACAACGACGGCAUUCCUGAUGACAAAGACAACUGCAGACUGGCCUUUAACCCUGAUCAAGUGGACUCUGAUGGUGAUGGCCGUGGUGAUGUGUGCAAGGACGAUUUUGACCAAGACAAUGUUUUGGACAUCUAUGAUGUUUGUCCGGAGAACUUUGCCAUCAGUGAAACCGACUUCCGCAGAUUCCAGAUGGUUCCUCUGGACCCCAAGGGCACCUCUCAAAUUGACCCCAACUGGGUGGUUCGCCAUCAGGGCAAAGAGUUGGUGCAGACUGUCAACUGUGACCCUGGCAUUGCUGUCGGUUAUGAUGAGUUCAGCGCAGUGGAUUUCAGUGGAACGUUCUUCAUCAACACUGACAGAGAUGACGACUACGCUGGGUUCGUGUUUGGCUACCAGUCCAGCUCUCGCUUCUAUACAGUCAUGUGGAAACAGAUCACACAGACCUACUGGUCCCACACACCCACAAGAGCUCAGGGCUACUCUGGUUUGUCAAUCAAAGUGGUCAACUCCACCACUGGGCCUGGCGAGCAUCUGAGGAACGCUCUGUGGCACACUGGAGACACCGCAGGACAGGUCCGCACUCUGUGGCACGACCCCAAGAACAUCGGCUGGAAGGACUUCACAGCCUACAGAUGGCAUCUGACCCAUAGACCCAAGACUGGACUUAUUAGAGUGGUCAUGUACGAAGGCAAGAGAAUCAUGGCUGAUUCUGGAAACAUCUUUGACAAGACAUACGCUGGUGGGCGACUAGGCUUGUAUGUCUUUUCUCAGGAGAUGGUUUACUUCUCAGACCUCAAAUAUGAAUGCAGAGAUUCAUAAAUGGAUCACAGAGCCUUCCAGAAGAAUGUAUCAAUAUGAAUCUUUAACACAAGACAUGGAUCGAUUUCUGUUUAACUUUUCCUGCACAUCGGAGGUAUGUCGAGCAAGUGACCUAACAUGAGGUAAAGAGACCUCAGGAGUUAAAGCCAAAUGAAAGUUCAAUGACAAAUCUGCACCAAACUCAAAUUGCGAGCGCAGCUCUGCUCAGAAGAAAUUGGCUCUCAUUCUGUUUUCUCCGAUCUGCAUUGAAAGAGGGCCACAUUUUAUUGCUUUGCACACCUGAACUGUUGGCGGUAUUCCUCUGUGGAGGAGGGACCAAAGGGAAGAGUGUUUUUUAAACUUUUUUAUUAUUUUUGAGCAUUAAUAUACAUCUGCUGUGGACUCAAAGAUACGUGUUACAGUGUGAAGAAAGCAGUAGGAGAACUUUCUUAGACCGGGGUGAAAAAGAACCCUUUGAAGGAACUGUUGAGGGACCGUGGACAGUAUGGACUGACUGUUACUAUCAAAGAGAGUGAAUGUCGUUUGUGUGUUUGUGCAUGUGUGCCAGUAAGCAUAGUUACAAAGACAGCUGAGUCAAUAUUUGAUUUCAAUUCUUCUGAUGACCCCUCUCACAGACAUGUAUAUAUGAGGUCUUGUAUUUAGCCGAGGCUUAGGGCUGGUCCAAAAACAUUAGUCUUCUCAGGAAAGAGCACUAGAAGAAACAAGGAGCACAAAAUUCAGGACAGCACAGGGCCACAGAGCAGGCACGCUACACUGCUUUGGAACAGUAAUAAUAGCACAUAUUAUGUUAAUAUCUCUAAUCUUUAUUGAAUGUGUCAAGGGACAUAAACAUUGAGGGCCAGUCUAUUUCCUCAGAUUACUUCAAGCAUGGCUGUUUGUAUUUACUUUUUCAUUAUAGCAGCUUUAAAUCUCGCUCAUCUCUGCAUCCUACCAUCUUAAAGUGUUUUCAGCAACCCAGUUCCAAUUGACAAAAAUCAAGAUCCUCUAAAGAUAAAACAACUGCCUCUGACCAAAACGGUAAAAUGUAAAAAAAUAAAAAAUAGGCAUCACUUA